AUGAAGUUGGUGACCUCUUUCGCUCUUCUGGUUUUCAGCCAGAUCAAUCUCAUUUUGGCGGCUGCUGAGGAGCAGGCUUCUGCAGCACCGGCGAAGGCUGAAAACACUCCGAGUGACAAUAUCAAUUACAAUGAUGUCAUUCCGACUGUGGAGAAGCGUUUCAAGGCGGUAAUGAAGUUGAUGAAAGGCGAAGGCUUUAAGACUGAACUUUUGGAAAAGGCGAAUGCCGAGAUCAACAAAGUUUCAACCCAGUUUUUGUCAAGGUUCACGCCACUAUUAAGCGAAGGUGCUCGAGCCGCUUCCGGCCAGGUUGUGGAGCCAGUGCCAAGCUGGAUCAGGGAUUCUGCUACAAACCGCGUUAUCAGCCAUCAGGCUGGAGCUGUACAGAAUGCUUUGCUGCAAUCAGGUAAAAGCAUCCACAAGUUAUUUGUGAAUCUUUUCGAGAAUUUUUCCGAACAGGUACAAAGUGCUCCCGUAAAACCUGAAGCCGGGAAAGAAGCAGAAAAUUUGGCUCAGGGUAACACGGGUCUUACUGGAUCAGUUGCGACUUCCGAAACUACUGUUGCAGAAAAUGAUCAAAAUGAUGAAGAUUUCUUGAACCUGCGUUUCGUCAUGCCCCCUUUUGCUAAAGAUAUCGCUGCUCUCUAUACCUUGAUCAAGGAUAAGAAACAGCAGACUGUAGAGGAACGCAAUGCUUUAGUUGAGGAAAUUAAAAAAUGGUUGACCGAAAAUGUACGUAGCGUUAAACCCAAAGAACAUAUGGUAUUUGAAACUGUUAGGGAAGUGUUGGAAAAGCUAUGUGGUUCCGAGAAGCACCUGGCAGAUACUGCUUUGUCCUUUGAUGCCUACAACCAUGUGGAUUCGAAACUUGCUGAAUCAAUCGAGAGGUGCAAGAACAUGAAUGCUGCAAGCUUCGGCACUAUGGGCCUGCUCUUGGCUGCUGUUAUCGCCUUCACCAUGUGGUAA